CAGAAGUCAGUGGGUUGUAAAGGCAGAGUCCAGUUUGAAUGGGGAGAAAGGAGGAGCUGGCCCAGGACUGCCGAUAACCCAGACACACACAGUCCUAGACAGCAGCACCAGCAUCCACCUGCAGCAAUGAGGACCACGUGAACCCCUCCCUGCCACAUCCCCUGCAUGUCUCACACUGUGGGCAAGAGGAGGGAGCAGUAAUCAAAUAAAGGAUACAAGGCAAUCUGUGCUGGCUGCACACAACCAUGGCGGAAGAAAGAAACAGAAAAUCCCUGCUGGAGCUGGCACAGAGGCCAGGGAACAGUACCUGCUCUGACUGUGGGGCUGCUGACCCAGAUUGGGCAUCAUACACACUGGGCGUAUUCAUUUGCCUAAACUGUUCUGGCAUUCAUCGCAACAUCCCCCAAAUUAGUAGAGUGAAAUCUGUCCGUUUGGACCCUUGGGAUGAUGUACAAAUUGAGUACAUGUCGGCCCUGGGAAACAAAGUAGUACGAGAGAAAUAUGAAACUAAAGUGCCACCAUUUUAUUAUAAGCCAACCUCAUCUGAUUGCCAGGUUCUCCGAGAGCAGUGGAUCAGAGCCAAGUUUGAAAGGAAAGAAUUUAUUUACAGUGAAAAGCAGGAGCCGUAUUCUGCAGGUUAUAGGGAAGGACUUUUGUGGAAGAGGGGACGUGACAACGGGCAGUUCUUAAGCCGAAAAUUUGUUCUUUCUGAGCGCGAAGGAGCCUUAAAAUACUUCAACAAAAAUGAUGCAAAGGAGCCCAAAGCAAUUAUGAAGAUUGAACAUCUAAACGCUACUUUCCAGCCGGCCAAAAUAGGGAACCCGAAUGGUUUGCAAAUCACCUAUUUAAAGGAUAACAGCACCCGGAAUAUUUUUGUAUUUCACGAAGAUGGAAAGGAAAUAGUUGAUUGGUACAAUGCCAUACGGGCGGCACGCUUUCACUAUUUGCAAGUGGCCUAUCCGGGAGCAGGAGACAUUGAUCUUGUUCCAAAGCUGACAAGGAACUUUCUAAAAGAAGGUUUUAUGGAAAAAACAGGACCAAAGCAUACGGAAGGCUUUAAAAAGCGAUGGUUUACACUGGAUGACAGAAGGUUAAUGUACUUCAAAGAUCCUCUGGAUGCUUUUGCCAGGGGUGAGGUUUUCAUUGGAAGCACAGAGAAUCAUUAUGAAGUACAAGAAGGUCUUCCGAACGCCACCCAAGGGAAUCACUGGCAAUAUGGAAUCACCAUAGUAACUCCCGAAAGAAAGUUUCUCUUCACGUGUGAGAAUGACUUGGAUCGCUCGGAGUGGAUUUCAGCUUUUCGAAAAGUUCUUAGCAAGCCUAUGCUUCCACAGGAAUAUGCAGUGGAGGCACACUUCAAACAUAAACCAUAAAAAAAAUCGUUCUUUACAACUGUUUACAAAUGCACAUGGUUUACACCAGAAGGCACGGAACGAUAACAAGAACCACUUGAAAGAGGGCUUAGAAGAUCACAGAGGGGAAAAAAAGACUUGGUCAAACCAGGGGUGCUAUCACUGUCAGCAGCAGAAGAUUGAAUGAGCUGCCAAAGGGUCUGAAGAUAAAGAUUAAAAAAUUUCACUACACUGGCUCGAACAAUGACUGAGCACAUCAACUUGCAUUCUCUGUCUAAAUUGUUUGUCUCUUGUCAAUCCAAGAUCAACUAUUUGUGCUAAUAAUGGAUUCUAUGGAGGUGACAUCUUGAGGAGAUUACUCCAGAUCAUGCACUGUUUGGAUCAACCUGAGUUUUCAAGAUUAUCCUUUGCGACAGGUUUAAUCAAUACUGAGAUGUGCCCACGUCAGAGUUCAUCAGUUCUCAAAUGCCAUAAGCCUUUUCAGAUGAAGAAUAUACUUCAAAUAUAAGACCCCUUUCAUUGUCUGUUGACAACAUUCAGGAUGUUCAAAAUACAUAAAGAUCUUUGACUUGGGUCUUUGAAUGUCUCCUAAUAAGGUCUUGGGUUCUAGAAGUAUCAUUAGAUUGUCCCAAAUUGAGAUGUAAUCAUAUUAAUAGCAUGGUGUCGCCCAAAAAUCCAGUGAAGACCUACAAUUUAACACCUGUGCUUUUAAUUGACACAUCUUACUUCUGUUCUUUUCUGUGAAUUUAGUCAUUCGAGCUAACUGCUUUAAUUGAACAACAGAUGUUAAGCUACAAUUUGAGCCACCUUGGACAGUAAGAUUCAGAAUGUAAUGAAAAGGCUGAUUCAGGAAGUUAGUUUUGUAUUAUGUUCUAUAGCAUAUGACAGGUCCAAAACAUUUUAAAAAAAGGGACCGAUAUAGGAAUAAGCACAGAUUGUUGUUCAGUCAUAUAUCUCAUUUGCUGUCAGAAGGUUAAAAGAAUAGUGACCUGUUUUGACAUGGAACUAGUUGGCCAACCCAAAAAGUAUUAAGAGGAGAAACUGAGGCUUCUAUAACAAACCAGCCAUUUUGCCACUUUAUUUUAAAUCACACUGAAGUUCCAAAUCCCACCUUGCAUGCAAUUUAAUUGAUCAAUAUGGAUGAGCUUUUUUUGACAGAGAAUGAUGGGCUUCAUUUUGUUUUAUUCUUUUUCAGCCAUUGUUUUCUGAAAAAGUGAAACCUUUUUCGUGAAAAGUAUAUUCUCUCUGUCUGGAGUUCGGACAUUUACUAUAAAUGAUGGAGUCUGAAGUUAUAGAGUCUGAAGUUGCGUAUUGAUCAACCAGACUUCCCCAAGUUGAGUUACUAUUGAUCACAAACGUUUCUUCACUAGGAGAAGUUUAAAUCAGAUGUAAGCACUUUGGUGGAGCUGUAGUGUAUUUUGACCUCAGUAGGCAUGCUUCCUCACAGUCAGAAGCUGAUAUGUGUGAGUUCUCAAGACACGCAUUGCUCAAUUUCUUAAUAUUCCAAAGCCUAAGUUGUAGUAUGGACUCCACAUUUAAAACAAUAAGAAAAAAAGCCUUUUUCAGGCCGAAUGGCAGAUACUAUUAUUAAUAUGGAUAGUGGGGAAACUUGGCCCUUAGUGUUUAACCCCAUGGUACUUAUUUAUAGUCUACAUCCACAUGUACAAUGGACACGGUGGUUCCUUGCUGGGUGUUUUCAUGUCACAAAUACAGGUAAUUUACAGACAUACCAGUUCUGUCUUUUCCAUAGUCUAUUCCAUGAUCAGAUUAAUUUAUUAUCACUGAUAUCUUAAAAUCUGCUGAAAAGUUUAAAUCUAUUUAUGCAAGCGUUAUGGUUCGUUGCUUUAUGUAAAAGCAAUUAGUUGGCAAAUCUACUUUAAUUGUAUUUACAUGAUGCUGGGGUCGAAGCAUUUUAUGGAGAGUAAAAUUGCCAUAAAUCCCAAGGAAGAGACAUCUUUGGAGCCAGCCAUUCAGUCUGCAUAUUCCUUCUUUUCAGAUGAAAUUAGGAGACGUGAAGUAUAUUGCCCUGUUUGUGACCCCUUCCUUGAACUCGAAAACUCUGAGGUUUGUCUAAAUCCAUUUAUGUUUGACGAGAAUUCGGAGGAAUUAUGAAACAUGUGAAGUAUAUUGCCCUGUUUAUAACCCCUUUCUUGAACUCUAAAUCUCUGAGGUUUGUCUAAACCCAUCUAUGUUUUACUAUCAUUCUGAGGAUCUCGAGAUUCGAGACGAUCUGGUAUACCCUUCGACACCAGACAAACUUUUCAUGAAUUUUGAAAUAGGGAAAUGUCCUAAAUGAUUAAUAAUUUAAUGUUUAUGUGUAUACAUUGUUUAAAAAGAGGGAAUACAUAAGACAGAUUAAUUUUAAUGUGUUGUAAGAUGUCUAGAAUUUAUAUUAUUUAAUCAAAAUAUGUAGAAUUCAUAAAUUAUGGUAGGGGUGUGUGGACCGAUUACAUAUUCACAACAUUUGUGACUAUGGUUGAGUAAAGGUUGAAAAUGAAAUGUACAGGGUGAGUCAAAAACGCCAAAUUCUGUAAGACACUCUGUGUUAUGUACCAAUGUGUGAAUUGUUAAGAAUUCAAAGAGAAUUUAAAAUAACAGCUUAUGUAGCCAAACUGGAGAAAUUCUUCAAGUCCCAUAUCCUUCCAGUUUAGCAUUGUAUGCCUUAAAUUUAAAAUCCACCUUGAAUUCAGGACAAUUUUAGCUUUAUUAAAUAAGCCUGUUUAUGUUAGAUUCAUUUUGUCAUUACCACUAGGUAAUAUAGACCAAUGGAUAUGUCUAUGGCAUAUGAGCAUAUAUUCCUUUACGACAGUCAGCAUUUUGAAUGCAUUUAAAUAUAUUAUGGCAUUUUACAGAUAUUUGGAAGCUCCCUGGCCGGCAUUUAAUUACACGACUUCUGGAUUUAAAGUUAACUUGUGAGAUCAGUGAGAAAUAUAAACCAUAUAUGGAAUGUUUGCCAAGCCAAUAUAAUGCAUUCUUAAAAAUAUUAAUAAACUAUCAGCCCAACACAAAGAGUAUACAUAGUGGACCACUGAGAUACUCAAAAAUAUAGUCUGUUUAAUGUAAAAUAUGGAGGAGUGUGUCAUAGACGGUAACCCCCAAGAACUGUUUGUUCCCCCUAAGAAUGAAGUAAAAAAUUAAACGCUUUAGCUUUGAAUGAGACAGUUGUCUCAUUCUGCAGGACAAGAAGGAGGUACAUACGAUUGUUUUUCAUAUUCACCUUCUUCUUCUUGCUUAAGCUUUCCACGCCUACUUGAAGGGCGGGACAAUGAUGUAACCAAUCCGUGUCCUAUCCCUAGAAAUCAUGGAACGUUGAAUUGUGCAUGCACAGCUCUGUCGCACAUGCACAAUUGAAACACCUUGUGAUGUCACUGCUCUGUUCUUCUACAAAUUAAAUUGUAAGAAGAGAGACAUCCAGGGUCGUUCACUAAAGCUUCUAAACUUGCAGGCCCUUGAAAAAUUAAUUUAGAGACAACUGUCUCAUUCUAAAGCUGUUGAAUGAGACCAGUGUCUAUAAGUUAUGCAUGUCCUUUUUAAGAAAUUAGAUUGUGUGAAUAAUAUAAUUUACUCUAAAUUUAAAUUACUCAUCAAGUUACGUGAGUUACUAUCAGUUGGCUAUAAAGUCACACAAAAAUUUGUGAAUGAGCCAGACAUCAUAAUACACAAUUGUAGUUGUGGCUGGGAUAGUUAUGGUUAGUUUCCAGUGCCUGCAAGAUUAGAAGCCGCCAAGAACUUAUACAAUAACAAAGUAAUAUGAGUUUUAUUUAGACGUUAAUGCCCAAAAUAAAUAAAAAAUGUAUAAACAUAAUAAGACAAAUAUAGAAUUAAUUUGGUGUUUGUGCAAUGAUUAUUGAAGCGAAUGUGCCCUAAAAUAUGUAGACAAUUACUUUUUUAUGUUUUUGCUUAGUUGUUUACCAGAAAGGCCACGCAAUAUAUGCUAGAAAUUUUUAUAGCCAGGAAAACCAUACUUCAAAUCUUGCCAGAGUCAAUUUGAGGAAAACACAUAAUAAUUUUUUAUAAAGUGUGUGGUCAUUUCAUAUUGCAAUACAUGGAAACAAAUCAUUAAGUAUCCAGGUAUAUCUCAGUUAAGAGGUAUUUAAUUCAGCAUGUUUAUUGUGGAAUAGUGUCCUGUUACACUGACAAAAAUGGAUCCUCAGGGGUGUGGCCAAUAAAUGUGUCCAGUUAGAGUCUAGCUGGAUACAAUUUAUUCGCAACACCCCUGAGGUGCCAUUUUCCAGCUUCUAAAAGUAAACAUCCAUAUUCUUGUGUAUCCUCUACAAGGUUGGUAAAAAUACAAAUAAAUAAAGAAGUCGAUGAACCCCCUUUUUUAAAAUUGUUAGAUUUUGUUUCCAUUGACCAAUAGAGAUAUUCCAGUCUGCUCACGUUAUAUUACGGUGUUCUUAAUUGUUUAGGUUGCUCUCUUUUCUUUUACUAUAUUUUGGUUUUUUUUUUAAACUAUGUCAGUGGAUCUAAAAGUGUUCGCAAGAGUAUGUGAUUUUUU